CAGAGGAAGAAGACCCUCCUCCUGUCACAUGUCCUCCAGACUCAGCUCUUCACUUAUUUCUUGCAGGUUCUUUAGCUUCAGAGUGAAAGAAAGACCCUGAACGCCUCACAGGACACGCGGAGCUCUCUUAGAUCUGCUGCUGUUGUUAUGGCUGGAAGCACCAAGAACAGUGUGCACGAGAUCUUUCACAGCAUGGAGUCCGGACCGGAGGGUGCCUCCAGUACUAACACUGCACAGGCCUGGUUGGACCAUCGCUCUCGUUCUCUGGGUCUCUUCAUCGAUGGGAAGUUAGUGGUUCCAGCAGAUAGACCGAGCCGCUCGCUGACGGACUGUGAAGGUGCUCAGCUGUGCAGUGUAAUGGUUGCAGGUGAUGAAGAUGUCUCAGUUUGUUCUUCCUCCUCUGUGAUCGGCUUUAAAUCCUGGAGCGAGCUGAGCUGCUCCCAGAGAGCCAAAGUGAUGCUCAGGAUGGUGGGGGUGCUCGGGCAGCACGCAGUGUGUGUGUCGGAGGUGUGUGAUGUGUGUGAGGCCGCCUGCCCCCCCGCCUCUCUCAUCAGACUCCUGCAGUUCUACAGCAGCUGGGCUCAGCUCCGAGACGCCCUGAUGCCCAGCUGGACCCCCCGGGGCGUUGUGUUGGUGGUCGGCUCUGACGACUGCUCCCUUCAGCAACUGAUGAUCAAAGUGCUGCCAGCCCUCGCCAUGGGUAACUCAGUGAUCGUGGUGCCAGGUCUUAGCUCCGCCCCUCCUGCGCUCCUAUUGGCUGAGCUGUUCUCCGCGGCUGGACUUCCUGCCGGCGCUCUGAAUGUGUUAACAGGAAGUGACACGUUGUUUGGAGCCAAAGUGGCGGCGAAUCAGAACAUCAGCUACGUCACGUUCAGCGGAAACAAGCAGGAGGGUGUUCUGCUCUGUGAAGCGACGGCAGGUCUCGGCGUCUCUGUCUCCGUCUCCUCGAUCCUCGGAGCUCGAUGUCCAUUCAUCGUCUUCGAGUCGGCCGACAUCGACAGCGCUGUCGACGCCAUCGUCCAGAACGUCUUCACCAAGAGGAGAGAGGUGCACUGGGUGCUGUGUGUGCAGGAAAGCGUUCAGGAGCGUCUGGUGUCUCGACUCAGACUCAGGAUGUCUGGGAUGAAGAGUCUGAGUCUGAGGAGUGAAGAGGAGCGGAGACUGGUGGAGGCUGCAGUUCAGGAGGCAGAGCAGCAGGGGGCCACAUUGGUUCAGUCCUGCUCGCCCCCUUCCUCUGGAGCCCAGUACCCCCCCACGGUGAUCUUAGGCUCCGCCCCCUCCUCCCCCUGCGUGGUCGCCCCCCCGCCCGGACCCCUGCUGCCCCUCCUCACCUUCAGGAGCAACUCUGAGGCCGUGGCGCUGGCAAACCACAGUCCUCACGGUCUGGCGGCCUCCAUCUGGACUGAAGAGCUCACUCUGGCUCUGGAGACAGCGAAGAGUGUGUGUGUGGGCUCGGUGUGUGUGAACUCCGUCUCUCUCUCAGACCCCUCCCUCCCCGUCUCCCCCCACAAAGAGAGCGGCUCCUGUACCGACGGAGGUCAAGAGGGUCUGUACCAGUUCCUUCGUCCCUCCUCCUCUUCCUCCCCCCCUCUCCCCCGCUCCUCCCCCCUCUCGAUGGAUUACUCUCAGUUUGGAUCUGCAGCCCCCCCCACCACCAUCAUCCCUGCAGACUCUGCCAGUACCCCUAAGUCCCUCCCCCAGUUUGUGGGGGGGAAAUCGUGUAAGUCGGUGUCAGGCUGCAGUUUGAAGGUUCAGGCAGCAGAUGGAGCUGUUUUGGCGUUUUGUCCUGACGGAGGACGGAAAGACGUCCGAAACGCCGUGGAGGCUGCAGUCAAAGUCCAGCCAGGCUGGAUGAAAAAGAGUGCGUCUGCACGCGCUCAGUCGCUCUUUUCUCUGGCUAAAGGCCUGGAGGCGAAGAGGCGGGACUUAAGUGCGUCAAUCAACACUCAGACCGGCCUCUCAUUGGACAAGGCCGACGAGGAGGUGGAGCUUAGCAUCGCCAGGCUCAAUGAUUGGGCGGCUUACUGCGACAAACUGCAAGGAGGAACUCCAUCUCUCCCCCUCUCUGGCUCUGCUCUCUCCCUCCCUGAGGCUCUGGGGGUAGUGGGAGUCGUCCUCCCUGAUGAGAACCCUCUCCUCUCUAUGGUCACUCUGCUCGGAGCAGCCAUCUCUUUUGGAAACGCCGUCAUCUUGAUCCCCAGUGAGAAGAAUCCACUGCCUGCCCUGACCUUCAUUCAGGUGCUCCAGGCUUCAGAUCUUCCUGCAGGAUUAGUGAAUAUCAUCACUGGUUAUAAAGAUCAGCUGACGGUCUCUCUGGCCAAUCACAGCGUCAUUAAGGCCAUCUGGUACUGGGGCAGCGCUGAGGGAUGUCAGUUCGUCCAGCACUCCUGCAGCGCUCCUCUGAAAACACUGCUGCUCUCCAUCCAGCAGAAAGGGGGAGAAAGGGGGAGAGACUGGACUCACCCCUCCAUACUGGAGGAGAUGGGGAGGAACGCCGUGCAGUGGAAGAGCAUCUGGAUCCCCACGGCAUGAGGGGGAGAGAUGGGGAGAUAACAGCUGUUAAAGGGGGAGAUAUCUGCUGAUUAAAGGGGGAGAAAGAGGGAGAUAUCUGCUGAUUAAAGGGGGAGAUAUCUGCUGUUUAAGGGGGAGAUAUCUGUUGAUUAAAGGGGGAGAAAGAGGGAGAUAUCUGUUGAUUAAAGAGGGAGAUAUCUGCCGAUUAAAGGGGGAGAUAUCUGCCGAUUAAAGGGGGAGAUAUCUGCCGAUUAAAGGGGGAGAUAUCUGCCGAUUAAAGGGGGAGAUAUCUGCCGAUUAAAGGGGGAGAUAUCUGCCGAUUAAAGGGGGAGAUAUCUGCCGAUUAAAGGGGGAGAUAUCUGCCGAUUAAAGGGGAGAUAUCUGCCGAUUAAAGGGGGAGAUAUUUGCCGAUUAAAGGGGGAGAUAUCUGCCGAUUAAAGGGGGAGAUAUCUGCCGAUUAAAGGGGGAGAUAUCUGCCGAUUAAAGGGGGAGAUAUUUGCCGAUUAAAGGGGGAGAUAUCUGCCGAUUAAAGGGGGAGAUAUCUGCCGAUUAAAGGGGGAGAUAUUUGCCGAUUAAAGGGGGAGAUAUCUGCCGAUUAAAGGGGGAGAUAUCUUUAUAAAUAAAGGAUCAGGUUUAAUUAAAAGAGAAUUGGUACCAAACAAGGAUUGAAUGUCAAAAUGUCUUAGUAUUUGUUUUUAAAUGACCUUUUAUUUCACUGUAUUUCCAUAAUUUCUUUGUGGAAACGAGCUAUUCUUCAGAUCAGAAGUUAGCCAUCUGUGAUACCUGAAGAGAUGUGAGAAAGAGAAACGUCAACCGGACAAAAAUAGAGCAAAAUCAAGUGAGCGAGCAGAAUGAGAAAUAAAGAGAUUAAAUAUAUUAACGGUUUAAAUGUUAAGAUUAAAAUGAAGCACUUAAAACAGACUUACUGAAAACCUCAAAAAACGUACUUUCAUGAAGGCCACAUGUGAUGAAGUUUAUUCCUCUAAUAUGUCAGAAUAAACUACAUUACCUGCGUCCUUUAUAAUGACUAUUCCGUCAAUUAAAUGUAAUAAUACGCUUAUUUUUUUAGUGUGUUUUGCAGUAUUUAGACGACAAUGAAGGAUGAUUCACAGAUAAUGAGUUUGUAGGAGCGAGUCACGGUUAGAUCAGGUGUUUUGGAAGGAAUUGUUGAUCAUAAAUAGCAAAAAACUAGCAAACAUCUAUUGUUAGAGCUAACUCAGUGACCUUAUGUGCCAAAUAUAUAAAGUAUAAGUUGAGAAAACACCACAAUAACAUGGCUAAAGAGAGAGAUGCUAUUCCUGCAGCAUGAACACAGGAGGACUCUACCUCUAUAUGUUGUGUUUCUGUGUUGGUCCCUGAAGGCACCAUCUCCUGGUCAAUGGGAUUUCAGAGGUAGAAUAAAAUGUCUUAUUUUUCUUGAAUACAUUCCUUUUAUAAACCUGAAACCUCGUCUGCCUUACAGGUCUUUCAAUGACUCAGCAAUAAACGAUCAAUGUUGUGACUGAAAUCAAAAUGUACUGUUUGUUUAUUACUGAACAAUAAUCCAAACCUUUAAAGCCAUUAAAAACACAUUCCUUCUGAAA